AUGCACUCCCGUCUCUUGCUUAGGAGUGAGCUCCGACAGAACAUAAGCAUCGCUAUCCUAGGAGGUGGAAUCACAGGACUCUCCUCUGCCUAUUAUCUUAACCGUCGCUUCCCGAAUGCACGCAUCACUCUACUCGAGUCAAAUAAUAGAUUUGGCGGCUGGAUACAAAGCUCGCGGCACGACGUGCCCCUGCAUAAUGCACCUGGGCAAUGUGCCAGCGUCCUCCUCGAGUCAGGCCCACGCACCCUUCGUCCUGUUUCUAAACCCGUUCUCGAACUGAUAAACUUGCUCGGACUCCAGGAAGAGCUCCUCAUCGUUCCUCGCGACACACCUGCGGCCAAAAACCGCUUCCUCCACCUUCCAGGUACAACUGGUCUCGUCCGCCUACCCUCCUCCAUGGCCUCCGCUCUCGCCUCACUCCCUUCAUCUCCGGUAAUCCGCCUCCUCGCCCGGCAAGCUCUAGCCGAGGCAUUCCGACCCGCCAACUCCAAAGUGUUGGCGCUAGAGGAUAACGACGAGAGCAUGGACGAUCUGCUCGCCCGUCGCCUCGGUCCAGAGGCUGCACGUAUAUUCGGCAGUGCAAUGAUCCACGGUAUAUAUGCUGCGGACUCUCGUGGCCUUAGCGUCGCUGCAGCAUUCCCGAUGCUCGCUGCCGCGGAGAAGCGUGGGCAGGGAAGCUUGGUGCGCGGCAUGUUCAUUCCAGCGUCGAAGGCGGAGGAGGGAGAAGUGUAUGAAUUGGGAGAUGUGCAGGAGAUGAUGAAGGGUGCCUCGGUCUUCACGUUCAGAGAGGGAAUCGGGGCGCUUGUGAGUGCGCUGACGAAGGACCUGAAGACUGCUCCGCAAGUAGAGAUUCACACAGGUGUCCAAGUGUCUGGCAUCCGGCCGUCAGAAGAUGGCUUAUUCGAGAUAUCAACACCCAAUUCUACGCUCACCGCCUCACACGUCGUUAGCGCCCUCCCGCUCCCCGCUCUCGCCUCUUCCCUUUCCCUAUCACCCACCAAUCAACAUCAGCUCACUCACCUCACCGCCAACACCGCCUCCAACGUCGCCGUCCUGAACCUUGUCUUCCCAGCCUCACACCCCGCUCUCCAGGCCAUUCCUCCCGGCUUCGGCUACCUCGUCCCACGCCCGGAAGCAGGGUACGCAACCUCGCCACCGAGCGACACCGACCCCAACGCCGUCGAACGCGCCAUCCUCGGAUGCGUAUUCGACUCGUGCUCCUCGGGCGAGCAAGACGCGUCUCCAACGCCGAUCGUCAAGCUAACAGUCAUGCUCGGCGGGCCACAUCCACUGCCUCCGGCACUCGCGCCGCCGCCCGGAGGCGCACAGACGCUCAGCGAGGCGCUGGAUCCACGUAGCGAGCUCACGGCCAAGGUGCUGCGCGCGCUCGAGCGGCAGCUUGGGAUCGGGAAGGAGCUGCCAGUGCCGAUUCAAGUGGUGCUUCAUCGGCAUAGAGAUGCGAUCCCGACGUACAGGCCCGGGCACGUCUCGCGCAUGAAAGAGCUGCAGGAGGCGCUGGAUCGCGCACCUUGGAAUGGGCGGCUGGCGGUUGUUGGAGCAGGCGUCAGUGGUGUGAGUGUCGGAUCAUGUGUGCAGGCCGGGCGAGAGGUUGGGAGGAGAUGGGAUCCAAACUUUGUUUGAAAAGGGUGAAUGAAGUUGAGUAGAGAAUAUUUUACAUCGCAAGUUCCAGACAUUACACCGUUCGUAGAGCUACAGUAUUAAUUCUACACCGAUCAAUCAAGAAAACAAUCACAAUCCGCAGUCGAAUGAAACAGAAAACAACAGAAGCCUAAGAAAACAUCCACAAUCAUUGUCCCUUCGGAUACAUAAAUCAU